AUGAAGAUCAAGUGGUUGUUUUUGAUACCAAUAGUAUUGGGACAUUCUAAUAAUCCAGCGACAAAACCCGCAGGUAUGUCAUGGCAAGACUGGCAUAUGUUAGAAGAACAUAACGUUGAUGAAUAUGAUGCCAUAACAUUUUUCAAAAUUCAUGAUUUGGAUGGUAAAUCAACGUGGAAUAAACAAGAUAUCUUGAAUUUAUAUGGAUUAGCCAGAGAUACCAUUGUUGGUGAUGGAUCAGGAAUGGGAGAUCAUGAACAUGGUCAUGAAAUAAUUACAGAAGAUGCCAAGCAACAUGUUAUUUCAACUAUCUUGAAAUUAAUCGAUAGUGAUGGAGAUGGUGAAAUAUCAGCACAAGAGUUUGUUGAUUAUAUUAGUUCAGGUAAGACGUUACCUGAUUUUGGAUAUGGUCAAGGACAUCAUUUAGAUUUCGAAAGUGAAUAUGAGGAACAUCAUUGGAAUAAAUAUCAUAAAGAUCAAGACCCUGAAGUUUUAAUCAAACAUAAAGAAGAUAUUGAACAUGAAAUGUUACAUCAUGAACAUGAAAUAGAAGAAUCUCAUAACUUAUCACCUAACAUCAGAGAUAUCACCAAAGAUUAUCAAUCACCAUUAAAAAUUGAAAAUUUACCCAACAAAUUUAAGGCUUAA